CCCAACUGCUGGAACAAACCGCCUUCUAUACGUAGAAGCUUCUAAGAAACAAAACAACUGAAGAAUUUCUUACUGACGGGGUGGCGAACAGAGCACAGCACAACCAUCCCCAUUAUCCUUUCCUUCUCUCCACCGUCUUUAACUGCCAUUAACCACCACCGCCUCACCAUGGAUGCUAUUAGCUUAUCCGCUUUAAGCGCCCCAAAACCCUUCGUUGUAAAAACCAGCACAGGACUCCUUCUUCGGUGCCCAGGCUUCCCCAGACUAGCCGUCCGAGCAUGCACGGUUCAGGCUACACCAUCAAACUCAAAUUCUCUGAGCAUCGCACUCAAUUUCAGGCUACACUCGAGCUCGGUUGUUCUCAAUGUGCCCGAGUCCCAAGGUUUCUCGCCGGCAGAACCCCCAGUCCUAGAUGAUGGCUUGCGUGAACCUGAAACUGGAAUUUCAUCAAUUCAGCAUGGAGAAAAUCCUUCUCGACCUCCUCAAGAUGUUACAGAAGAUAGUGAAGAGCUUAAGGCUGCUACCCUUCGUAUUAUGAUGGCGAGAAAGAAGGGAUAUUUCCGAUUUGUUGUUGAAGCUGAUGAAAGAAUUGGUGAUGCCUUUUCUAUCCCUGGUUAUGAUAAAAGUGUUGUCAGAACCGAUCAUGAUGGUGAUCCUGCUGGAAUUGAUAUGGACUAUCGAUUAUGUGGCUUACCGAUAAUAUCAUAUGCUGAUCUUGAGGAGCUGAAAGUAUUAGGAUCUGGUAGAUAUGGUAUUGUUUACCACGGAAAGUGGAUGGGAACAGAUGUUGCCAUCAAGAGAUUUGAUAAGAGCCGUGUUGCUAAGGAUGAUUUAGACAGAUUGACCAAAACUUUCUGGAGAGAGGUUCGGAUCCUAUCUAAACUACACCAUCCACAAGUUGUCGCAUUCUUUGGGGUAGUUCCUGAUGAUCCUGAAGGAACAUUGGCAUAUGUAACUGAAUAUAUGGUUGAUGGAUCGCUAAGAUGUGCCCUCUUAGAGAAGGGAGAACUUGAUCAGCAUACAAAACUUAUGGUUCUAUUGCAUGUUGCUUCUGGCAUGGAGUAUUUGCAUUCAAUGAAUGUCAUACAUUUUGACUUGAAGGGUGCUAACUUGCUAGUCAACUUCGGAGAUCCUCAAAGGCCCGUAUGCAAGGUUGCUGAUUUUGGACUAUCAAAAAUAAAACAAAAUGCACUUGUUUCUGGGCGUAAGCGAGGACCGCUCCGCUGGAUGGCUCCAGAAUUGCUGAACGGAAGGAGGAAUAAAGUCUCUGAUAAGGUUGACGUAUACACAUUUGGAAUCACGACAUGGGAGACCCUAACAGGAGAGGUGCCAUAUGGAGAUAUGGACCCUGACAUCAUAAGAUUUGGGGUUACACAUUUCAAUCUCAGGCCUCCCAUCCCUGAACACUGUGAUCCUGAAUUGAGAAAGUUGAUGGAAGAAUGCUGGUCCCCAGAUCCAGCUGCAAGGCCAUCGUUCACCCAAGCAAGGGAGAGGCUGCAGGCUAUGUUAAUGGCACUGCAGCUAGAGAUACAAAACUGAGCUAUAGAAGAUGUGAUCCUACAAUCUGAUGUAGGUCAUUAAAAGAGAAAAAGACUUUUUCAGAAUAAGAUACAAACACAUGCAUGUGUGUAAGAGGGAUUUUGCAGAGCUUCCAUUCUCAAAUGUAUUUGUAAAUUAGGCCCAGGCUAUCUUCUUGUAUUAAGGAAAGAACCAGUUACCGUAGUGAGUUAUUUGUAAUUGGUGGCUGCCUGUAAGUUCAUGUAGUACGGAAGUCGUAGAAGUGAGUGAUCCAAUGUAGGCUAUGCCUGCGUUUGCAACCAAACAAUAGUAGUCAUUCUCAUGUAUUAUUCGCAUACAGCAUUUAGAAUAGAGUUUUGGUAUCUGGACUGUGAA